AUGCCGCCCGAAGGCAUUCGAAUAGUCUGUAUCUCAGACACGCAUAACGCGACCCCGCCAGUCGAGGAAGGCGACAUUCUCCUACACGCCGGUGAUCUCAGCAAUGGCGGUACUCUGCGGGAGCUCCAGAACCAACUCGACUGGAUAGCGUCCUUGCCACACAAGCACAAGGUCGUCGUAGGAGGGAAUCACGACAUGCUGCUCGACCCGGACUUUGUUGCAGCCAGGGGCCUGCGCUUCACGCCCGGCGGCACGGCAGACGAGCUCAACUGGCACGACAUUCACUACCUCUGCAACGAGAGUCUGGAGCUGGAUUUGCCACAGGGUAGAGUGAGGAUCUUUGGAAGCCCAAACACGCCCGCGCCGAGAGGAAUCAAGGCAGCCUUUCAGCACGACCCGGAGCUGGACUUGUGGACGAACCGUGUACCGGACGGAACAGACUUGCUGCUCGUGCACGGGCCACCGAGGGGGUACCUGGAUCAGGGUGGCAAAGGAUGCCCACACCUCUUGCGCGAGAUACAGAGGGUGAAGCCGAAGAUUGUCGUGUUCGGCCACAUCCAUCAAGGAAGAGGAACAAGGGCCGUGUCUUUGUCGGAGCGGCCGCGUGAGCCGGCUCCUCUAAGAGCUGGGUCAGCGCAACGGCGAGACUCACAAGCUUCGCUUAUGGGUGGCCUACGACGACGGCUGUCUCAUGUGUUCAGCUCUCAUCCGGCCCCAUCUCCGCCUCAGCCAACGAAGGAGCCAACGGAACCAGAGCAGGAAGAGGAGAAGGUAACCAUGGUCAACGCCGCGGUGCACUGGUUCCCAGACCCAUACGAAGCUGCGAGACAGGAGACAAAGGAGGGCUACGUAGUAUAUCUAUAG